AUGCAGCAGCUCCUGGGGAUGAUGCCAAAGGAGGGGGAAAAGGAGAGCAAAGCGCUUGGCGGCUCAAAACCAGCGGGUUUCUCCCCAAAAUCCGUCUCGGUGGAGCUGGGGAGGUUCCAGGCUGGGAUCCCUGACGCGUUUUGUUCCUCAGUGGAGCAGGACCGGGACCUGUUCUCGCCCAAGCCCUACUGGAAGGAGUUCAGGUUCGACCUGACCCAGGUGCCGGUGGGAGAGGCCGUGACGGCCGCGGAAUUCCGCAUCUACAAAAGCCGCGGUGCUCCCAGGCACGCCAACAGCAGCCUCCACCUCAGCAUCUACGAGGUGGAUCCCCAAAAUUCCAACAGGGAAUCCGACCUGUUCCUGCUGGAUGUGCAGGACCUGCGUGCUGGGACAGAGGGCUGGCUGGUGUUUGAUGUCACAGCCGCCAGCAACCACUGGUCAGGGGAUCAGAAACACCACCUGGGGCUGCGGCUCUACGUGGAGACAGACGAUGGGCACAGCGUGGAUCCGGGCUCGGCCGGGCUCCUGGGGCGCCGGGGACCCCGCUCCAAGCAGCCCUUCAUGGUGACAUUCUCCCGAGCCAGCCCCAGCCCUGGCCGUGUCACACGAGCGGCCAGACCCCCGAGGAGGCGGCAACACAAGAAAUCCAACGACCUCCCCCACCCAAACAAGCUCCCGGGAAUUUUUGACGAUGUCCACGCCACAGACGGGCGGCAGGUCUGCCGGCGCCACGAGCUCUACGUCAGCUUCCAGGACCUCGGCUGGCUGGACUGGGUGAUCGCUCCGCAGGGAUACUCGGCCUAUUACUGCGAGGGGGAGUGUGCAUUCCCGCUGGACUCCUGCAUGAACGCCACCAACCACGCCAUCCUGCAGUCCCUGGUCCACCUGAUGAAGCCUGAGGCCGUGCCCAAGGCGUGCUGUGCCCCCACCAAGCUCAGCGCCACCUCUGUCCUCUACUACGACAGCAACAACAACGUCAUCCUCAAGAAACAUCGGAACAUGGUGGUGAAAUCCUGUGGCUGCCACUGAUGGACAGGUCCCACCGCCAUCCCUGGGUGUCCCAUUGUCACCCCUGGGUGUCCUAUUGUCACCCCUGGGUGUCCCAUUCCCAUCCCUGGAUGUCCCAUUCCCAUUCCUGGAUGUCCCACUGCCACCCCUCAGUGUCCCAUUGUCACCCCUGGAUGUCCCAUUGUCACCCCUGGGUGUCCCACUGCCAUCCCUCAGUGUCCCAUUGCCACCCCUGGAUGUCCCAUUGUCACCCCUCAGUGUCCCAUUCCCACCCCUGAGUGUCCCCUUCCCAUCCCUGGAUGUCCCAUUGUCACUCCUGGGUGUCCCACUGCCAACCCUGAGUGUCCCACUGUCACCCCUGAGUGUCCCAUUCCCACACCUGAGUGUCCCAUUGUCACCCCUGGAUGUCCCAUUGUCACCCCUGGAUGUCCCAUUGUCACCCCUGGAUGUCCCAUUCCCACACCUGAGUGUCCCAUUCCCACACCUGAGUGUCCCAUUGCCACCCCUGGAUGUCCCCUCCCAUUCCCACCCGACCAAUGUCACCCUGGGGUUCUGCUGCCUGCGAGGAAGAGGAUUUUUAUGGGCUGCAUCACAACAAAUUAAUAACAAUAACAAUAAUAAAACCCAAAAAUAAACCCCUCCCACCCCUUUCUAGAAGUGGAUGUAAAUAAUACAAAUCUUCCUUUCUCUC